AUGACGACUAUGACGCCUACCCGCCCUUCCCAAAGAAGACGUUUAACGUCGCCACUGCACGAAAUGGAUGGCACUGAUGAAGAGGAGGAAAUUCCAGAAACGCCAGUGGAAUCGGAGUUGGUUGCAUCUCCGUUGACAUCAGCAUCCUUGGCACAAAUUGUACGGGAUGAAGUGAGACAUGGAAUGAACACGUUGGAACAACAAAUGACUCAGUUGAGCGUGAGCGUGACGGCACGUUUGGACAGUGUCGAACAUUCCCUGAAGGACCAUGACAUCAAAAUUGCAAAGUUGGAACACGUGAUCACGUCCAACUCUAGCACCCCCAGGUCCAACACCAAUGUUGAACAAUUGGAGAAGCAUGAUUGUGAGUUGGCAGCUUUGAAACUGCAACUUGAUGCCUUGAAACACGGAGUGGCUGACCGAAACCCAGAUGUUCAGAAGACUUUGGUACUUGGUGGUCUCCAGGCAUUGGGCUCUUUGCAUGAAGCAACGCAAUGGCUCACUCAGAAGUUGCAAGAGAUGAAUGGGCCAACGAAUGUGGGAACUUACAUGAAGGCCGCUGCGUUUGAUGGGAGUGCCAACAUACAAGCUGGUGACCGUCGGGUCUGGGCAACAGAGGACCUUCCUGUGCCAGUUCGUGCUCGCAAAUUGUUCCUGCUAGGACUCCGCUGGCAGCUUGGGCAAUGGGGCUUUGUGAAAAAAGAGAUGUCUGUGGAUGACACAUAUGAGCGGUUGGUCAUCGGUGGCAAGGUUGUUGUGAAGCUGGAGGUUGUGAACAAGGACAUUCAAGUAACAUGGGCUGAUGAUUGGGCCGCAUGGCAAGAACUGCAGGACAGCCAGGAGAUAGCCGACCUUUGCUCCAGGAGCAAGGCCAUCGUGGAAAAAUCCGGGAAAGGAGGUGGGAAGAGUAAGGCGGCGGCGACGGCCGCUUCCUAG